UAUCAAUAUCCUAUCCGGAUUUACUAAACUCUAGAGCAAGGGUUUUUUUUACUACCAAAAUCCCAGUCCCGCCUUUAUAAAAUUUGAAAAGUGAAGGUAUUUUCCCCCGGAACCUAAAGAACAGAAGAGAUUUCAUGGAGAAUUUGACUUCAACAGCCCCGGAUGUGACCACCGUGUACAUUACAUCAGCGGACCAAGAUGCCACUGGUUUUUCUUUCAAAUCCAAAACUCUACAGGAUUUAUCAGACCUUCAAUCGACAUCCACAUCUCAGAAUCCAACCGGCGUCUAUCAGCAAACCACAAUCCCCGUCGACGUCGCUCUAUGCUCAGUGCACGAGUUCCUAACCUGUUGGCUCAUACCUGUCUCUUCCAUCUUAAGUCUGAUAUCCAUAUUCGGCAAUGUCGCCACAAUCACCAACAUACUGCGCAGGCGCAUGUACAAAAACGGAACUUACUUAUGCAUUUUGCUGGUGGCAAUGGGUGACCUUUUGGCGACUAUCAUAGUUUAUGUCUUUAUGUUUAUUCUAUUUCCCAUGAUGUUCGAGCUUUAUCUUAACAUUCCCCUUUGCGUUUUGUUUUUCUGGGUUGGGUACACUUAUCACUUCUGGGCUGGGAGUAACCUUGUUCUGCUUGCCUUUGAGAGGUAUUCUCUGAUCACAAACCCAUUUAGAUAUCAAACAUUUCAUAGAAAGCAUCGAGCGGUCAAGAUAUCGCUGCUUAAUUUGUUCAUUUUGUCCGUCUUGUGCAUUGCAUAUGCCGUCGUUUUAUCGUUUAUCGAAUCUUGUCCCGAAUUCUUCCUGAUAAUGUAUUACUUCGCAUUUAUCGGCGUUCCGUUUUUCUUUAUAAUUACAGGAAUGCUGCUGUUUUUACAUUGUUAUAAACUGAUCAAGAUAAAAAACAUGCCCAACCUUUCCCUUCAAACCUCAAACAAGAAAGGAUUCUCUGAGAUGACCACAAAAAUCUACCUCAUUUGCCUUUCGUUCGUGUUCAGUCGGAUCCCGUUUGUAAUUAAUGACUUCAUGGUAUUAUUUAUACAGUUCGGGCUCCUUGGUCCCUCUGAAAUGUGGACGCACCUUCUGUAUCAGAUAGGGACGGUCUUCAUUCUGGCAAACUACGCCAUUAAUCCCUUCAUAUACUUUCUCUCGUUCAAAAGAAUGAAGUCUCUUUGUAAGGUAAAGCGUAAGGAAAUCACGUCAUCGACAAUGAGUGUCUACAAUGUCAGUAAACAAAAUACAUGUACUGUUAACCAACAAAAUGCAAGUUAUAACAAAUUACCGAAUGUGUAAAAGACUUAUGCUGGAUAAUAAAUAAACGAUAUGAUAAACCACUUCUUUAGUUACAUGUUACUCGUCAAAACACACACGGUGGUUAGAACUGUGAGACAUGUAGUUAAUUUUUCACCAUCCAGAAAACUUGUCAAACUUGCUGCUUCACUAGUUAGUUAACACACGACAUAUUAACUAUUAACUGUAUAAAGCCAGCCAGUACACAACUAAGCCGUUUUAACUAUAGCCGCCGCUAUGUGGCUAACUAUUCAGCAGAGUUAAUUAACAAACCGCUAACAAGUUAGUAGCGGUGACACACACAACCCAUUAUUAUAAUCAAAGUACUGAUAGUACUGUUAGACAGUGGCGCCGUUUGAAAGCGGCAUAUUACAUGUAUGAUAAUUAUUGUUCUCGAAAAUCCAAAGCCAGUAUCCCAUACAUGUACUAAUACUUAACGCUUACUCGCACAACUGGUCGUGAGUUUCCUACAUGGAUAAUUUUGUGGAAAUUGUAGUUGUGAUCAUAAUCCACACUUUACAAAUGUUGUCUCUCUUUAUCGUCAUCUUUUGGGGGAAACCCAUAGAUUUAUCACAGUAGCCUUUGUAGUAUAGAAGUUUGUAUCUAUAUGUUUGUAUCUUUUACAGUUGACAUUAAAACUCUGUUUUCGGUAAUACAUGUACUACAUGUUUGUAUUUUGAUUGCCCCAGAAUGACUCAUUAAAUAUGUGGGUUGCCACCACAUAUUGAAAGAAUAAAUCAAAUCCAAAGCGAUUUCAUCACAGUACGCCCAAAUUUUUGAUUGUAUAAAGAAGGGGAUUUUUGGAG